AUGACAGAAGCCAUAUACAUGACUGCUACCAAGGGUUACCUGAGAUUGAUGGGUGUGAGGAGUAUCCAGCCAUAUGCACCGCAGAGGGUCUUGAGGCAGUUAGGAAGAUAUCAGAUUGUGCCCGAAGAUGAAGAUCUAACCACCCAGGUCAUUGAGCUACAUCCAGAAGCUGCAUUGCCCGAGGCUUUAGUACUAGAUGUCGCAAAGGGGGAAGUGGAUCCAAAUUAUGCUACAUGGUUCGAGAAAAGGUCUUGUGUGAACAACGAGCCAGAGCCUGAGCCCGGGCCCGAGCCCGAAAGGCCUACCAAAAGACCUCAUGUUCAAGCUUUUGAUGACAAAAUCCAAGAAAGGGUGGCCUGGGGAGAAAAGGAAAAGGAAUAUCAAGCUGAGAUUCAUGCCUUGAAAGAGAAGCUGAGAAACAUAGAAUUCAACAAUGAUCUCCAAGCACAAGAAGCCGAAGGUGAGAGAAGAAAGUUGGCCCAAGAGAAUGAAGCUCUCCGAGCCCAAGUUCGAAAAACGAGAAUAGCAAUUGAGAACCCGGGCAGGAGCAGAAAAGACGAAAAGCUCAUCUACAACCUUAUGCAAAAGGUGCGUGAUUUUGAGGAUGAAUUGCAAAAGACUGAAGCGGAGCUAGCAAAUGCCCGAGAUAAGUUAGCAAAGAAUUCGGAGGGAUGGGCCAGUUUCAUUCGGCAACUAAAGGAGAAGUAUGACAAAGGGAUGGUGAGUAUAAAGAAAAAGGUCAAUAUCCUGGAGAAUGAGAUGGCCAAGCAGGCAAGUGAUGUCAAAGCAGAAAGGGAGCAUUGUUAUGCCCUAAUGGCACAGGUAGAGAAUGACCUUCAGCAGCUUCAAGAGCAAAACCAUACAGCCGAACAAGUUUUGGGUGCCAGAUCUCAGCAGAUCGGACGGUUGCUACAGGAGAAGGGUAUUAUCAGGGAAAGGGUUAGGAGAAUUGUGGACUACAUUGUGAUGAAAUGCAACGAGUGUGAAGGCAUGACCAGAUCCAUGUUCUUCGCUUAA